ACAUAAAAACAAUUCAAACAUCACGCGUGAUACUGAUUCUACGUGAAUAAGUGUUUUUCGUCAAGGAGCAUAUUAAAACUUGUGACAUUAAAAAAAAAUCAUUUUUACUCCAUUCAACAGGGGGAAUAAACGUUUUAAGGAACUACCUAAAGCAGUGUAAUAUAAAAAGCUAAAAUGCCAUGUGGAGGCAAUUCCAUCUUCUUCGUACUUGGCUGCCUAUUCUUGCUCACGGCCCUUAUACUAGACGUUAUAGGCGUGGCUGCGCCAUAUUGGAUCUAUGGUGAGAUAAGUGGCCUGAAAUUAUAUGCAGGUCUCUGGAAGGAAUGUGUCACAAGCGACAUCAAUGGCCAAAAAAAAUCCGGAUGCAUUAAGUAUGGCGAUGAUAUCGAUGUUCCAGAUUGGCUUAAAGCAGUUCAAGCAUUUGGGCUGCUAGGGAUUUUCACCUUGACCUUUGCUCUUAUUUCUGCCAUCCUAAGGAUACGUUUCAAGGACAGAAGCUUGGUGUUGAUCGUCGCAAUCAUCUUGUCCUUUAUAAGCGCUGUGUGCACCAUCGUGUCCAUUGCAGUUUAUGCAGGAAAAUACCCCGAAUUGAGAAAUGACAGAAGUUUUGUCAAAUUCAGUUUUGCAUUUGCUUUCUGUGCAGUUUCUAUUGUUCUCUCGGCCAUUGGUGGAAUUUGUAUGAUCAUUGAAAUAGCGAAGAGGUCUUCCUACAUGUCAAUUGGGCGCUGAGAAAACGUAAAUUUGAGUAUGCCAUAGAAAAAAAACUCAACGUCUUUGUCAUAUUAAUACCAAGUAUUUUUUAAAACAGAAAUUAU